CAAACCCACACGCUCGCGCUCGCACUGUUCAGGAGCUGCCAGGCACCGCAGCCCCGCUCGCGCCCGCACUAUUUUAUUUUUGCCUCCGAGGCAAAGGGAACAGGACGCGCGGGCCCAUUCGUACCUGUGUCGAGAGGCUAGUGAUUGUGUUACAUAUCUUUUGGAGCAUCUACCGCAAAGUUAACAGCAAUGAGGUCACCUUAUGAAAUUCUUUCAGUUCCGGCCAUUUUGUUUCUUUUUUCUGGACUCUCCCUUACCACUGCCUGCAACAAGGCCCUCUGUGCCAGUGACGUGAGCAAGUGUCUCAUUCAGGAGUUAUGUCAGUGUCGACCCACAGAUGAAAACUGCUCGUGCUGUAAGGAGUGCAUGCUGUGUCUUGGCUCUCUCUGGGACGAGUGCUGUGACUGUGUAGGCAUGUGCCAUCCUAAAAAUUAUACUGACACUCCUCCAACAUCCAAGAGCACAGUGGAGGAUCUAAAAGAUUCAGUCCCAUCACUUUUCAAGGCACUAACUGAAGGAGACGAGUCUCUGGCUAAUUGGAGUAUUGUGUCAUUUCCGGUAUCAGAAGAGCGUUCUCACCAUGAAAAUCUGGUCUCAUUUCUUGAAACACUGGAGGAGUCUCAGCACAAAGAUGUUUCCCUGUCUGGUAACAGAAUCCGCUCAGGUUAUAACCCUGACAAGGAUCGCAUGUGCACUGUGGUUUACUUCGAUGACUGCAUGUCCAUGCAUCAGUGCAAAAUGUCCUGCCAGUCGAUGGGGUCAUCCAAAUACAGAUGGUUUCACAAUGCCUGCUGUGAAUGCAUUGGACCAGAGUGCACUGAUUAUGGGAGCAAGUCUGUCAAGUGCGUGAACUGCAUGGUGUGAACAGGACUGUUUACAUGGUGGGGCUUCAGCCACUCAAUUUGUAUGUGCGUAUGUACAGUAUAUAUAUAUAUAAAAAAGGGACUGAUGCUGUUUUUGUAAGAUUAUUUUAUAAAGAAGUUGUAAAAUAUUUGCCCUGUAACAGAUAACUUUUGUAGUUUUUUAUGGUGUAUUUUUAUAGUUUUUAUAAGUUUGUCAAGUUGCGUAUUAUAGCAGUUCAGAAACAUCAUCUGCUAACCUUUCAUUUUUAACAACACUAUGUCAGAGUAAAGUUCACUGUUGAAAUGUGUACUUCUACCUGCUUAACAGCCUUGAUCUUAAACUGUAACUCAUUUUAACACAACCCCAAUUAAAAGCUCUUCUCAUGUGUUUUA